AUGUAAGACUGACCUGCAUCACAACAAUGUGCGGCAUCUUUUGUCUGUUGAGUUUGUCGCCGUCUCAGUUCGAGUGGGACAAAACGGUUCAGGAACAUUUGAAGAGACGAGGGCCCAACCUGAGCCAGGAUGUCACGGUCAGAGGUCCCUGCUAUCAGUGUUUAUUCUCUGCCCACGUUCUUCACAUGAGAGGCCUUCUUACCCCUCAGCCAGUUCAAGACACCACUGGGAAUGUGUUGAUGUGGAAUGGGGAGAUUUUCGGAGGUCUCUCCGUGCUGCCAGAGGAAAAUGACACUGCGGUCGUUGCUCAUCGUCUGUCAUCCUGCAGCAGCCCUUCAGAGAUUCUCUCUGUUCUGUCCACUAUCCAGGGACCGUGGGGGUUUGUUUACUACCAGAAGGCUGCAGACUCCCUCUGGUUUGGCAGAGACUUCUUUGGUAGGCGGAGUUUGUUGUGGAAAUUUGAUGCUGAUGCGAACGCCUUGACCCUGACCUCUGUGGCAGCACACAGUUCUGGAUCUGAUAAACCUGCUUGGCAAGAAGUCCCAGCAGCUUGUGUGUACAGGAUUGACCUGAAGGCAGUUGCAGAAGCCGGCUCUGUGACAUUGGAGGUUUAUCCCUGGGUACGUGGAGGAAAUGAUCUUGUUACGAGCUGCAGUGAAGCUAUAUUGGAGUCUGUUCCCAGCGGCUGCACUGCUGUGAUGAACCAGUCAGGCCUCGUACUCACCUCACCCGUGUGCCCUCUUAAUCAGUCCAUCCCAAAGUCAUUAAAUGAGACAGAAAUUAAUUCACAUUUAUGUGUUCAGGAUCUGAAAGAGCUGCUUGCAAACCAAGAGGAAACCGAUGAGGUGAACCGUCUUAUCGAUGUUCUCAGUGAGGCAGUAAGGCGGCGUGUUCAGCUUCUUCCUUUCCGGGUACAAAACAGUUCCCCUCCUACUAAUGACCAGGCUAGUGUUGCUAUACUCUUUUCAGGAGGGAUUGAUUCAAUGAUCCUGGCUGCCUUAGCUGACCGUCACAUACCUGCUCAUCAUCCAAUAGACCUUCUCAAUGUGGCAUUUAAACUAAAGGAGCCAAAGAAGCAGAAAGAGUCUGCAAAACCCUCCAGAAAACACAAAAAUAAGCCCACAGAUCCCAAGACCCACACAUCUGACUCCCAAACAUCCAGCCCCUUCGACGUUCCUGACAGAAUUACUGGAAAAGCCGGUCUCAAGGAAUUGCAUGACUUGAAUCCUGAGAGAAGAUGGAAUUUUGUUGAAAUCAACGUAACGCAGGAGGAGCUGCAGAAAAUGCGCGAGGAGCGCAUUUGUCAUUUGGUGCACCCGCUGGACACGGUGCUUGAUGACAGCAUCGGAUGUGCUGUGUGGUUCGCAGCGAGAGGGACAGGGUUCAUCAUGACCAGAGGCGAUGACCAGACGCCCUUCACGUCGUCCGCAAAGGUCAUUUUAACAGGAAUUGGAGCAGAUGAGCAGCUAGCAGGUUACUCCAGACACAGAGUCCGGUUUAAGAUGUCUGGACACGAGGGGCUGAUCCAGGAACUGGCCAUGGAGCUGGGCCGGAUCUCUUCUAGGAAUUUGGGCAGAGAUGACAGAGUGAUCGCAGACCAUGGCAAAGAGGCGAGAUUUCCUUACUUGGACGAGGAUGUGGUGAGCUUCUUGAAUUCUCUGCCCGUGUGGGAGAAGGCAGAUCUGUCGCUUCCUCGAGGAGUUGGGGAGAAACUCCUCCUGAGACUGGCGGCGAAGCAGCUGGGCCUCGGCCAGUCAGCCGUCCUGCCCAAGAGAGCCAUGCAGUUUGGCUCCCGCAUCGCAAAGAUGGAGGACAAAUGUGAAAAGGCCUCUGACAAAUGCACAAGACUCCUCACUGGGUAGACGAAUCAUGAAUUGUGAUAGAGUAUAAAAAUCAUUUUAAUAGAACAAAUCAGUAUAAAAUUACACACAAUAUUUAAAGGCACAUUUACAGUUUAAAUUCAUGAUUUCCAGUCACAGACAGGUGUUUGAAGUUGGCCAAGAUUUCACAUCGAAUUUGUUUUGUGCUCAUCUUGGAUGUUUGUUAACAAUAAAUCUGGUAGUUUUGUCCA